CGUUGCGGCGGGCUUGAGUGGCAAGUUGUUUGUUCAGCGAGCCCAGCUGCUCGCCCCGCGCCGCUGCUCUGCCCGGCUCCGCUCCGCGCCCGCCCCGCAACUUCGGCACCCGCAUCCCCGCCCCCGGAGCCGGGUAGGGGGAGAAGGAGCCGGGGAGAGGGGAGGAAAAAAAGGCAAAAAAAAAAAAAAGGCAAAAAAAAAAAAACCAAAAAACCAACCAACAAGGCAGCGACAAUAACAGCCCCCCCUCCCCCUCCCCAUUCAAAAACACAAAAUAAACCCCAGGGAUAGAUGAACUACAAAUGAGAAAGAGGAAAAGAUGGAACUGCACAUCCUAGAGCACAGGCUCAGAGUGGCCAGCAUAGCCAAGGAGAGCAUCCAGUUGUUUACCUAUGGAUUAAUCAAACUUGCUUUCCUGUCCUCCAAGACGAGGUGCAAGUUCUUCAGCCUCACGGAAACCCCCGAGGACUACACCAUCAUUGUGGAUGAAGAGGGCUUCCUAGAGCUCCCUUCCUCGGAGCACCUGAGCGUGGCCGAUGCCACGUGGCUUGCCCUCAACGUGGUGUCCGGCGGAGGUGGCUUCUCUGGCUCCCAGCCCAUCGGCGUGACCAAAAUUGCCAAGUCAGUCAUAGCGCCGCUAGCUGACCAAAACAUCUCAGUGUUCAUGCUCUCCACCUAUCAGACAGACUUCAUCCUGGUACGUGAGCGAGACCUGCCCUUCGUCAUGCACACGCUGGCUGCGGAGUUCACCAUCCUCAGAGUAGUGAACGGGGAGAUGGUGGCCGCCGAUGACCUCGGGAUAACAAAUGGAUUUGUCAAACCAAAAUUGGUUCAGAGGCCUGUCAUUCACCCCCUUUCCAGUCCAAGUAAUAUGUUCUGCGUCACCAGCCUGGACCCAGAUACCCUUCCCACUGUUGCUACACUCCUCAUGGAUGUCAUGUUUUACUCCAAUGGAGUAAAGGACUCGGUGGUGGGCAAUGAAGACUCGGGACACAUUCGCUUUUUCUCCUUUUCUCUCAUCGAGGGUUACAUCUCCUUGGUCAUGGAUGUCCAGACACAGCAGAGAUUUCCUAAUAAUUUGUUGUUUACAAGUGCAUCUGGCGAGCUCUGGAAGAUGGUGCGGAUUGGUGGGCAGCCCCUUGGCUUCGAUGAAUGUGGAAUUGUCGCUCAGAUUUCUGAGCCUUUGGCCGCGGCCGACAUCCCAGCCUACUACAUCAGUACUUUUAAGUUUGAUCACGCGUUGGUGAGUAUCCAGACAGCUUCUUUGGGGAAGGGGAGGUCUUCCUGGGAGACAAACCAUGAUGAGAACAUCAGUAGCCACGCACUAACAAAGCUGACAGAGCUCAGCUGGUUUGUGCUCUUCAUUUCGUUUCCCUCCAACUGCCCUGCACCGCAUUGCUUCUCCUUUCAUCACUGCACACUCACUGUCCAAACCUACCUGUGACCUUCAGAAGCUCCAAAGAGUCCAAGGGGUUUUUUGCACUGGGUUUUUUCGGCUCGUUACUUGGGUUUUUCACAGCUGGCACAAACCAUUUGCAGCCCAUAGGUCGUGUGUGUAAAGAGUAAAAGUAAAUAUUAUUCUAGAUAGCAAAGGUCAGAGUGGUAUAUGUGUUUGUCUUAUUUUCUUGAAUAUUAACUGUGCUGAUAAGAUAAGCUAAUAAAACACCAUUUUAAAAUCAAUACUGUUAGCUUUGCCUCGCAUUCCUACCUGCUGCCGUGGCCCCGGGAGCAUGCUGCCUGCGCAGGGCACGGGGUGCAGAGUGCUGCUAAUUGUCAGGCAGUAUCUGGAGAGCUUAAAAUAGAUACUUCACUUAAAACCCGUGCCGUGCAAUUGUGAUGACUCUGCAGCAGCUCCGCCUUUUAGAAGUGGCUGCAUCCGACCCCGCAGCCUCCAAGCAGCUGGCAGGCUGUUGUUUGGGCCACACAUUAAGGUCUGCACAUCUUCCUUUCUCAGUCAGUAUUCUGUCACUUUCCUCGCUGCUUGUUUUCUUCUUGCAUGCUUUUGCAAGCCUUUUCACCUGGAUGGUGCCAUUCUAGCACCAAGGCGUGUUGACUGCUGGUGCAUUGCACGCCCUCCUUUGCUUUAUUGGCCAGGACCCUCACCUCAACUCUUUACUUCCCAAACACCUUUACUUCCAGCGGCAUCUCUCAAGGUCUAAGAGCAUCUUGAACCUCUUCUCUCCAUCCUCUCUUUCUUUGUUUAAGGUUGUUCAGCGUUUACUGUCAACAAUUCAGGGUGCUUUAUAAAAACUCGUUCCCCUUGCCCCGUUCUUUUUAUUCCUGUGCCUCUUUCGGAGUUUUUUGUUGCUUCAUUUUUCAUUUGACCUGGCUGUUAAGGCUCAGCUCUCCCUGCCGUUAGCUGCAGGAGUGCUCUGGAAGCCGUUCCCUCUGGGAGGCAUUGCCAAGGUGGGAACCUCCAGCUCUCCAUGGAUGGAUGAGGUGGGGCUGGGCUGGAGGCAGCUUCCAGCUCCGUGCAGGGUAUGAGCCAGCGGAGUCCCUUUUACCUUUUCCAGGUGCUCUGCUCCUUUUGCCUCAUGCUUGGAGGUGCCUUGCUCAUCUUCCCCAGCAUUUUGCUCCUAACGAGGCCGGAGCUGUGGUUGGGAAGCAGUCUGGAGCUUUGCUGUAGCUCUCCUUGUGUGAUCUGCCCUCUGGCUGCCAAUGAGCAUGUUGCACCAGUUGCCCUCUUCAGGGAUCUCGGAGGUGUCUUGCCCAGCUGGUCCCACAAAUCAAAGCUUUGCACAUCCGUCCUGGAGAAAACGAAGCCCAGCCCUUCGUUAUGUGAUUGAUAGUGCCUUGACGUGCAGGGAGCCGGGCAGCAUUCAACAUGCAGGGAAAAACAGUGAAAGAGGCAGCGGAGCCUCAUAGUCCUAUUUCAUGUGAUGGAUGUUUGCUGGCCUUUUCUUCCAAACCCAGAAGAAUUGGCUCUGUGGUUCUUUUAAGGUUAUUUUCUUCCUUUCCCAGCAGACCUUUGUUCACACAUCAUCAGAGUUAGCAGCUCCUGUUCCAUCUUCCCGCUGGAAAAUUGAAUGUUUUUCUUGUUAUUUCUCAUGGGUUGUUUUUUUGUUGGUUUUUUUUUUUUUCCUCGGUUUUGUU